ACUGUCGCUAACUGCGCUCUUGAAUAGACAGACAGACCUCCGCAUUGCUGGAUUUUUUUUGUCGCUUGUUGUCACAGGAAAGGACAAUGGCGACUUUUAUCUCUCGUCUUUCCCGGUUGGGAGGUUUUAGGAAUAGUGUUAUUUCAUCAGGUUUGACUGGACUUAAAACUUCUGGAACCCUCUCCACACCCUGCCGAAACGCAGUGUCGUCGGCCAGCGGUGCCAUCUUACCCAAACCCCCAAAAACCUCAUUCGGCCUGAUCCGCUUCAUAAUAGUGGUGGUGCCUUUCCUGUAUGUUGGAACUCUGAUAAGCAAGAACUUCGCGGCUCUUCUAGAGGAGCACGACAUCUUUGUCCCUGAGGAUGACGAUGAUGAUGACUGAGAUGGAUGGUUGGAGGGGGAAAAUGGUACCAUUAGAAUGUCAAAGGGACUCCCACUCAAUGUCAAGGAUGUUUAACGCCCACCCACUCAGAGAAAUGUAGAAAAAUGCUCCCUUGUAUUUUCAUGUCUCCACUUGUGCCUAUCCUGUGCUCUACUGGAAGAACUGCAGCUGCUGGCUGAAGGACCUCACUGAUAAAGCCAUUAAUGUGUAUACACUUGCAGAAUUGUUUUCAAUAUACAAAAAUAAUAAAGUGCUGUGAAAAGAC